AUGAUUAAACAACAGCAACCACAGACCAUUACAUACGCCACAUAUGCAUAUAAUUCAAAGACGGCAGAACAAACGCAAAUGUUGAAAUAUGGAGAUUUGGAGAUAGUAUUGAAAAAUGACCAUUUUGAAUUCGUUUGCAAAGGUGGUGCAGUGAUAUCAAAUAUAAAAGAAAUUUUAUUUAUGAAUUCAAAAAUUAAAGGAAUAACGGAUGAUAUAACAUCAAUUCCACCAGAAGAACAAAGAUAUUACGCAUUAAAUGCAUUUCCUAAAGUUUUGAAGAUUGGAAGAUUUAAUUUAAAUGAGGAAUUCAUAAAAGGUUUCCUAAAUGACAUAAUGAAGAAGGCAGAUAAGGAAUAUGUUAACGAUGAGUUAGCAAAGAAAGCAAAUAUAUCAUUUGUUAACGAUGAGUUAGCAAAGAAAGCAGAUAUAUCAUUUGUUAACGAUGAGUUAGCAAAGAAAGCAGAUAUAUCAUUUGUUAACGAUGAGUUAGCAAAGAAAGCAGAUAUAUCAUUUGUUAACGAUGAGUUAGCAAAGAAAGCAAAUAUAUCAUUUGUUAACGAUGAGUUAGCAAAGAAAGCAGAUAUAUCAUUUGUUAACGAAAUAUACCAAAGUUUGAUAGGAACAAAAAAUAUUGAAACUAUUGUUGGUGACUUUUCUGUCAAUGAAGAAAACAAAUAUUUUAGAUGGGAGUUUGUACAGUCCUUAAGAAAUGGUAUACGGUAUAAACUCAUUCCGAAAAAUAACAAUGAAAUGUAUGUAGGCUAUAUAAAGAAUAAUGGCACACAAGUUAAAGUUCCAUUAGACAACAACUGCUACUUAAACUUAUAUGGAGACGAACAAAAGAAAUAUUUAAGAGUUUAUGAAAUGACGGAUAUGACAUUGUCUAACGUAGCUCCAGCACCGUAUUAUUAUGACUAUGGUGUUGACGCACAUGUAGACCCAAAAAAGCAAACAUUAUAUUUAGAAUAUUAUAGAUAUAAAAGAUAUAAUGCAAUAGAAAAAACGAGAAUAGUAUACUAUUAUGAAGAUGACAAAAAUAAAUAUUAUAGUCAAGAUUUUACAUACCCUGAAAACAUAAGAUUAUAUUAUAAAAAAUAUUCUGACACAAACCAGAAGAAACCCGAAAUAGUUACACUAUAUUUUAAGUUCAAAAGAGACAAUCCUAUAAUAUCUCAUAUGUUUGAUUUAAUGAACCCAGUAGGUUCUAUUUAUACAUCUAUGGAUGCAAGAGGUCCUCAAGUAAUGUUUGGUGUUGGUGCAUGGGAACAAAUAGUUGACAGGUUUUUGUAUUGUGCAAACUCUUCAAAGGAAACAGGGGGAAGUAAAACAAUUACGGGUGAAAAUUUACCUGCACACAGUCACUACAUAGAUUUAAGCACAUCUCAAGCAGGUUGGCAUAAGCAUAGAUAUUGGGAUUGGUCAGGAAUGACAAAAGGUAAAGGAUAUGAUGUUAAAGAUGAUGUUAAAUUUGCCAUAAAUUGUUACUGGAGUGACACUCAGGGAGAAGGAAACCAUACACAUCGCGUUUCAGGAUAUACACAAACAACGGGACAAAGUAAAGAUUACAUGCCACCAUUUAUGACUGUAUUCGCAUGGUAUAGAGUUCAAUGA